AUGCGCGAGCUAGCUCCGAUCUUCCAUGCUGUGGGCCGAAAGGUGCAACAAUCUCUGAUAAUGAAGGCGAAUGAGAAACCAACCAAGGUUGACAUGCUGAGCUGGAUGACCCGACUAUCCUUAGAGCUAGUUGGUAAAGCUGGACUGGGUUACACCUUUGAUGAUCUCACAGAUAAUUCUGUUGAGCAUCCUUACGAACAAGCAGCUAAGCAACUCGCGGGAUCGUAUAGUCAAAAUGCAUUUUUGCGAACCAUUAUUACCCCGAAAAUAACUACAAUAGGAAGUCCUGCGUUUCGAAAAUUCGUAGUCGAACACAUGCCUCUGAAAUUUGUUCAGGAAAUGCGCCGAAUCGUACAAGUCAUGCAUAAUACUUCUAUCGAUAUUUUCAAAUCGAAAAAGGCAUUGAUUCACUGGGAAGGACAAAAUGUCUCUAGAAAUGGGAAAGGGAGCGAUAUCAUCACUGCACUGAUGAGAGCCAAUGUCACGGCUUCAACUAUCGAUAAACUGGCGGACGAUGAAGUUAUAAGUCAUAUAAAAGUAAUUCAUACACUGGCACUUCAUCAAGAUGUCCAGGUCAAAUUGCGGGAAGAGAUCCGACAGGCACGCAAAAUAUCUGGGGAACAAGGUUUUACUCAUGAUGAAAUCAUGUCUCUACCUUUGCUUGACGCAGUCAUUAAGGAAACCUUACGACUGUAUCCUCCAACAGUUACAACUCAGAGAACUGCUCGACGAGACACUGUUCUACCUCUUGCCACUCCCAUCCAAGGUAUCAACGGAGAUGCCAUUAGCCACAUCGAUGUACCUAAAGGAACGACCAUCGUUGUGUCUAUCAUAGGCUCGAAUAGAAAUCAAACUAUUUGGGGGGUAGAUUCUCAAGAGUGGAAGCCGGAAAGGUGGCUCCAGCCGUUGCCCGAAUCCUUAAUCAACGCGCGAGUCCCCGGAGUGUAUUCUCAUAUGAUGACAUUUCUCGCUGGUGUAAGAGCAUGUGUUGGUUUCAAAUUUGCAGAAUUGGAGAUGAAGGUCGUCCUCGCAUUACUUGUAGAAGCUCUAGAAUUCUCACUAGGAACGGACACUAUCAUAUGGCACAUGAACGCGAUCGCUCAGCCUUACCUUGAAUCUAACAGUAAUGCUCCAACUAUGCCUAUUUUAAUCACUGUGGCCAAGGCAUAA